CUCGAGGAUCGUUUGAACUAAGCAGACUAACGGUUGUAGGAAAAGCAUAAAACGGCGUUAUUUGGAGCAAAUACGUGACCAGGAGCCUUUAGUUAAGUGAAUCCAGUAAAACUGAUGAGGUCAUCAUCAAUAUUGAAGAAAUAAGGAACUAUUUAUUUUGUGGAUAUUUUUAACUGCUGAACUCAGAACCUACUACCGAAAGAGUGCCCUCCUCACAUUCAGCAGGAAAUUAAACAAUCGUGGAAUCUUAUCAGCGAAGAUAUAGCACAGACCGUCAUAAUCCUGUCCUAAUUCGCAGAUCGGAAUCUGCAACUAAUUGGAAUACUUUGACAGUUUCGAUUGCGGUUAAUUUGGAUUUGACACACUUCGUAACCGCAGUUUCUGACUCUAGAUUCUAAUUCUUAUUCUUUAUAUUAACUUACAAUAAUAUCUUGACCCCAGUAAAUAGCAAGGAAUAUGACUGACUUCAUUGAAGCGGUAUCCAAUCCAUUGGCACCUGAUGUGUUUGUGGGUCAUGGUGACUUUACGAAUCAAAAACUAUCUAAUAGUGAUUUUCGAAAAUUGUUAAUGACACCUAAGCCAUCAGUACAACCUUCAAAAAUUGAUGAAGUACAUGAAACUGGGACCCGCAUUUCUACUCACCAUUUGGAAAGAUCCGAUCGUAUACGCCAAGAUCCUAGUCAAACUAUUCAUCGUAGUAAACAUAAGAUAAGUCACAAGCGUCAUCAUGUUCGUAGCAAAAAAGAUGCUCAAAAAUCAGAUGUUUCUGAAUCAACACAUCGUUAUCGAGAUCGUGCAAAAGAACGACGUGACGGCAAACUAGUUGCUCCAACUGAGGAAGUUGAGGAAGAACGUGAAAUGGAAAAUGAUGAUGAUACUUUAACUCGUACAGCCGACUAUCGUGCUGUUGCACCAUCGUCUGCUGCUGGUGCUUCACAUGCUGAACGUCGUCGAAUGCUUAUACAGGAAUCUAAGUAUCUUGGUGGUGAUAUGGAACAUACUCACUUGGUCAAAGGUCUUGAUUAUGUUCUAUUACAAAAAGUCCGUUUGGAAAUACAAAAUAAAGAAAUUGAAGCCGAACAAGCCCUGGAUAUUGAAUUAAACAAACCUGAUAAAAUGAAAGAAAGUACUAAUAAUGAAGAAAGCAUACAAUUUCGUACUCAUCUAGCGGCAAGUAUAUGCAAUGUUAUUUUCAAUGAACGUCUCCCAGAACGUAAUGAAUAUUUUCAACCUGGUCGCAUGGCUUAUCGUAUUGAACUGGAAGAUGAUUCAGUGGAUUUUGAAGUACCAGCUACAGUGAUUCGUAGCAAAUCUGAUUGUUUACAAAUUGAUGGUCGUGGAACUGGUGCAAUAACUACUAACGAAAUUGUUAUUAAUAAACUUACUCAAAUCUUAUCAUAUUUGCGGGCUGGCAAACGACAUGCAAAGAAGACUAAGCUUAAAGGACGUGUUGCUGACAAAUCUGAAUUUGAUUAUGAAGACAAUCGACAUCUUAUUCAUAAAAUGGCUAAUACUGCUAUAUUUGAAGGUACCGGAAACGAUUACUUACCGACAACAAAGAAGCAAUGCAAAAGUAACGAUAGGAUGGAUUUACCAUAUGAGGAUUCUAGAGUGUCGAAUUCACGUAAUCGUCUACCCGCUUCUAAUACUACUACAUCUGGUAGUAAUAGUAACACCAAUGCUGAAUCAAAUAGUGCACAAGCAUCAUACUUCGAUAUUCCCGCCAAUGCUGAUUCAGUCACAAAUAAUUCAAUAAGUGCUACUAAAGAAUUUUUAAAUGAAUUAAGUCAACGUUUUGAUGUUAAAGAUGAAAAUAGGUUACAGGAAAAAGCAAGUCUUGAACGAUUCUUUGCUAAAACUCAAGUCACGUGUUACGAUGAAUGUUAUCCCGGUUUCGCUGAAUCAUACGAUGCUAUGGGUGAUUCUGAUGAUGAAGCUGAUUUUAGCAAAAUGGAUUUAGGUAAUAAAAAAGGUCCAGUUGGUCGAUGGGACUUUGAAACACAGGAAGAAUAUAGUGAUUAUAUGUCGAAUAAAGAAGCUUUACCAAAAGCUGCAUUUCAAUAUGGUGUUAAAAUGGCUGAUGGUCGUCGUACACGUCGUAUUGGACCAAAAGAUGAAAAAGCUGAAUUAGAUCGUCAAUUACAAAAAAUACAAUCAAUCAUACAAAAGCGUAAACAAUUAGCUGAAGAUAGUGGUCCAAUAGGAAAAAAUGUCCGAUUUUAAAAAUUGCUAUAAUAUACAUGUACAUUUAUUUAGCAUUUGGUUUUUAAUUUGAUUCUACAUGAAAUAACUUUUACAUUCAGAUAUUUAGUUUAUUUUUGCUUUUCGUCCGAUUUUUUGUGAGAUGUUUUAAUCAUUUAAAUUAGAUUAUCGUCAAAAUGAAUUGGAAAUAGUGCGUGAAAGUGAUUACUCACUUCCUUUUUGUCAAAUAUAUAGUUCUACUUAUUUUCAACUUUUUAUUAGAUCUCUCAGUUCUCAAGGGUCGAUGCGCUCAUUCACUUUUUCAAUCGUACGUAGACGAAAUGUUCCAAACUUAGGUUUUGCACUCAUCAACAAGAAGUAUUUACAUUCUUGAUAUAACUGGGAAUUAUUGAACCUUGUCACCAAUAAGCUAGUCUUUCCACAACUAGUAGGAAUGAAAUAUUUACACUAAUUGGCAAGAAUUAUUAUCUUACAUAUAUAUUGAAUAAUGGCUAGCAGUGGAAUUCAGUUCGACGUGCGUUUCGUCCUGUUUGGGACUCGUCAGCCGGAUGUAUCUGCAUCCCAGAGUUGAUAUUCACUCUGGGACUCGAACCCAGUACCAUUCGCUCCAAACGCUAUCACGUUAUCCACUUAGCUACUGAGUCCCAGUAGUCACUUGUUUGUGCAAUGGGGUGAAUUUCAAUUCACUUGGUAUUGUUUUGCUUGAAUCUUCCCAUUGAGGUUUAAGACUGCAAUUGACCAGUCUGUUAUUGGCGUAUGUGUAUACUGUGCGUAUUGUCUCGAUAUUGCCUUGAUUCACAAGCUUUAUAAGCAAUGAUGGAUAGUGGCUAGCAGUGGAAUUCAGGACGCUAGCCACUAUUCACACCCUUAAUAAUAACUAAAUCUUUUGAUCGAAGCUGUUGUAAGGAAUCUGUGAGGUGCGAGUUCCAGGACGUAAUAACCAAUGAAACUACGUGAACGUUAUUCAAAAAUAUAAUUAUAACUAGGGAGAACUAAAAUCUCUAGGCUUUCAGGCAUUAUGGUUAUCUUAAAUGGAUUAUUUGCUUCGCUAUAAACAGAUUUUUGGAGUAAGGACAAUAUUGAAGGUAGAUAAAUCUCGACAAAUUGCGGCUGACAACUGGAACUUUUGUGAGAUGUUUUUUGUCCCAAGAAUGUUUGUGCACGUUCUUAGAUGAAGCCGUAAUAUACCGGUUAGUAUCAUACCACAAGCAGAAAAUGACUUGGCAACAGGUGAAAUUUAUUCUAUAGAGAAGUGAGCAUAAUAACAGCGAGUUGAUCUUUCACUCUUCCAAUAUAUCUAUCCGGCUUCCUUUUAUGGAAUUAUUUCCAUUUUGUGGAUUUAAAUAAAGCCAAAACAAACAUUGAUGUUAGAUAAUAUGAAUUCAUUAUAUUUCGUAAUGUUCAUCAGCUACUUGCAAACAUAUUUAUAAACUUCGCUGGUCACUAACAAAGUCUGUUCUGCUUCUUGCCCUUCCGCUUUCCCUCUUUUUCAUCACCCCUGUGGUAUACCACCGGAAAUAUACAUAGAACAUAUGACUUCGUCCUGCGACGUCGCUAAUACUUCCGAAAUUUAUUUGGGAACACUAUCAUAAAGCACAAAAUGACACGUUAAAGUUGACGUCUUUAGCUGAUUGGUUAUGCAUUUAAUGCAUCAUUUAUUAUGAACGGCUUUUGACUCUAAUUGCAUUCGUCCUCGACCACUGAUUGCUUGCCGCAACAUGUAAAUAGCAAUUCGAUCAGUUUGCUAGAAUAACCGUCAAAGUAAAUUCCCCAAUCAAAUGCGUAUGCAUUCCCAGCUCACUAAGCUUCCAACUAACUCCGACUGCCCGAUUAAAAACACUGAGCCAAUAAAUCGAUAAGUCAAUAAUUUCGGAUCAAAGGUAGUUUUUUAUCUUACCAUUUUGCUAUUUGCACACUUCUUUCCUAUAAGCGUUGUCCUCAAGCGCUUCCAAUAACUUCCACAGAAACAUUUUGUUUUUGAAAUAUUAGAGAAUGAGAAUCUGAAAGAAGUAUGGAAUAUUUCGACGGGUACAGAACAAGAAUCUAAAAGGAACGCCGAAAUGAACAGACGUCUCGUAACACAAAACGUUAAAGAUGCCUUCACACGUAACACCUUUAUAAUAGGAGUAUAAUAAUCCAGUCGAAUCAGAACUGAAGGGGCUCGAAGAUAUAUUUGAAAGACUAUCGAUGUGUGGAGAAGCUUUUGCUGUAGUGUGGCUGACAGUUGGAAGGGAUGUGUCAUAUUGCGUACCCACUGGUGGUCUGGUGCAGAUGCGUGAUCGCGUGGAGAUAGUAACAACAAAAUUAUUUUGUGGUUAGUUCUUUAUAUUAUUUGCAUUUCCUGUGUUAAUUCUCACGAUUCGUAGAUUUACUACAAGUGAUUGCAAAAGUUAUUGAAAAUUGCAUGGCCUUCAAUACUUCCUCUUCCUUUUUAAAUACCACAGAACAUGGCACACUGGUAACCGUUCAUAGAUACACUGCUACACUCACGCUCCUCUUUCCCAAUUACCUAUUGUUACAACAACUUAACCCUAAAAUAUCUAUUAUCUUCAUUUAUAAACCACAACCAUAUUUCCAUUAUAUACUCCAUUCGGAUAUACGCUCGAAUUAUAACAAUAUUCAUUGGGAUCAUUGGUUACCUAUAAUUGCAGAUUUUUAUAUCAAAUGCAUCUCGAACACUCCAAGGCCUGACAAUUUAAGUAAC